AUGUCCAGGCCAUCUAAAAAACAUAUAAUCUCUCCUGAUGCCUAUAGCACCUGCAAAAGAUCUAAAUCAGUCACUAAAGCGAAUAAUGUGAAACCUUAUAAACACACUGAUCAGUCUGCAUCCUACUCUGAUCUUCCCCCAGCCACACUAAACGUGCACCGUCUACUUGGACAAGACAUAUCCCUACCUUGCAUCUCGCUUGUCGAUAUAAAUAAGAGCAGUCACAUACCGUUAGAGUCGACAUCAUUUGUCAGUCCAAACAAAAACACCACAUGUUGUGAGCAGUAUUUAGACAGUGCUGUUGACCCCAAACACCCAGCAAUCUCACAAUCGGCCAUCCUGAGUAGCGGCCCACGGAGUACAUGUAAGCCUGCCUACAAUAGCCAGUCCGGUGAUGUAGAUCUUGACUACUCACCCAGACAUAUACCCCAUUCCCCAACUAAGUGUGCACAAAGUGAACAUCCGCUAGACACCUGCAACAGGCCUGUAUGUAACCAUAUCGACUUUAGAAACUUUGAUAUAAACUCCGAUAAUCUCACCACUGGUAGACCUAAAAGCAGCCAAACAGAACUUAGCCUCACCCAAACUAUUCAAGACCUAUUACCUUACAAAUAUUUAAUCAGUGUUCCAGAAAAUCCCGAUCUGGAAAUUAUAAAAAACACUGAAAAAGUAAUUGACCAUAUAUCAUCUGAAGUGUUGAAAAGACUUCAGUGUAUGCAGAAUGUUAUUGUGUAUAAUAUACCUGAUAGUACGAACAUAAAGAUUGCUAAAAAUACUCUGCUACAAGAAUGUGGAUUGUCGCAAUCUUGGUGUGUAACAAGAAGAUUACGUAAGGCACACACUAAAGCCUCCUGUCCCAUUCUAUUUCAGUUUGGUAGCACCACUGAAGCUAAUCACCUCCUCAAUAGUCAGUCAUUACUGAGGCGUAUUCCAACAUUUAAAAAUAUUAGGAUCAUUCAUGACAGGACCGCUAUCCAGCGUCGAAUCUGCAAUGGAACACAAACUGAUCAACCCAGCUUACGUAGCCGUGGCAGCUACAGCUCUUGUCACUGCACAAAUCCUAAAAUAUCAUACACUGCCCCCCAAAAAAACGGAGGCACGCCGGACACUGCUAUUAGUCCUAAGGACAAGACCGCACAUAAAGCAGCUACAACCACUCACCCUCAGCCCAGACACUCAGCUACCCCAAAAUGCCAAACCACUUAUGCCUCAAUAGCGUCCAAGUAUUACCCUAGCGGCCCUUAUAAAAUGCCUAAAAAUGAUCCUCCCAGGGAACGCGCUAACAGCUACAGACCCACAGACACCACUGUGCGAAAAAAUACCAAACUCUCCGUAAAAACCCACCAACACUCCAGCACCCCUAACCCAAAACAUGCACCUUCUCAUAGUAAUAGAAUGCCCUACAACAAACAUAGUGAACUGGCAACACCCACUCAUCCUAACGUGAAACGACACUCGACAAGAACCACACCCACACGUGAUACCCAUGAGUCAUAUGGUGUCAACCUUGUAAGCCCCAUGAACCAACACAAAACUAUGCACAACAGAAACACCUCUCCUGGCAACAAUAACAGGCAUUCCUUCAUCCCUUACCAGAAACAUACAACCUCCCCAACUAACCACAAUAGGACUAAAAUUGCCCACCGCACACGAGGAAGCCGUAACGCUGGCCUACUUGGGAACCCACCUACAGAUUCUAGGUACUAUCUAAGUCAAGCCACCCAAUACAACGGUUUGGUCCCCCCUAAUUCGACAUGCACACUAUCUCAUCCUUUUUUAUCUCUCUCCCCCUCAACGUUACUGCUAUGGGGUCUCCAAAUGUUGAGGGCGACAAUCCCACUAUUCUGA